CGGCAGCGGCGGAUCGGGACGCACCGGUAGCAGCAGCCAUGGAGCCGGGGGGCAGGCGCGGUCGCGCCGCCGAGGAAGGCCCGCGGCCCGAGGAGGAGGAGGUGGAUCCCCGCAUCCAGGGAGAGCUGGAAAAGCUGAAUCAAUCUACAGAUGACAUCAAUCGCAGAGAGACAGAGCUGGAGGACGCACGCCAGAAGUUCCGCUCUGUGCUGGUCGAAGCAACAGUAAAACUGGAUGAACUGGUGAAGAAGAUUGGCAAAGCCGUAGAAGACUCUAAACCUUACUGGGAAGCUCGGAGGGUGGCCAGGCAGGCCCAGCUGGAAGCUCAGAGGGCAACUCAGGAUUUUCAGAGGGCCACUGAAGUGCUGCGUGCUGCUAAAGAGACCAUCUCGCUUGCUGAGCAGAGGCUACUGGAAGAUGACAAACGUCAGUUUGACUCUGCCUGGCAAGAGAUGCUCAACCAUGCGACUCAGAGGGUCAUGGAGGCAGAACAGACCAAAACGAGAAGUGAGCUGGUUCACAAGGAGACUGCAGCCAAAUACAAUGCCGCCAUGGGAAGGAUGAAACAACUGGAGAAGAAGCUGAAAAGAGCCAUCAAUAAAUCAAAACCUUACUUUGAACUCAAGGCGAAGUACUAUGUCCAGCUAGAGCAACUGAAGAAAACGGUGGAUGAUCUGCAGGCAAAACUGGCCCUGGCAAAGGGAGAGUAUAAAACAGCCUUGAAAAACCUGGAGAUGAUCUCAGAUGAGAUUCACGAGAGGAGACGCUCCACUGCCAUGGGGCCCCGAGGAUGUGGCGUGGGUGCUGAAGGGAGCAAUACCUCUGUGGAAGACCUGUCAGCAAGUAAACCGGAGUCAGACACCAUCUCUGUGGCUUCAGAAGUGUUUGAGGAUGACAAUGGCAGCAGCUUCGUAUCUGAAGAAGAUUCAGAAACUCAGUCCGUGUCCAGCUUCAGCUCUGGUCCUACGAGUCCCUGCGAGGUGCCCACUCAGUUUCCUCCUGCAAUGCGACCUGGAAGCCUGGAUCUGCCCAGCCCUGUAUCCCUUUCUGAGUUCGGGAUGAUCUUUCCUGUCCUCGGCCCCCGAAGUGAAUGCAGUGGAGCAUCUUCCCCUGAGUGCGAAGCUGACAGAGGGGAUAGGGCAGAAGGGGCUGAGAACAAGACAAGCGACAGAGCGAACAAGAACAGGAGCAGCAACAGGAGCAGCUCCACUGAAGGGCUGGCUCUGGAUAACCGAAUGAAGCAGCUCUCCCUUCAGUGCAUGAAAAUCAAAGAGGGAAUAUGCUCAGGCAGAAAAGCUGCCCAGAUUGGCUGAGUCCUCUUUGUGCCCUGAUUAAUGGGAGUAUAGAUAUUUAUAUAUGAACUCCUAAGUGUUUGAAGAACAUUGUGCCAAUAAUAUAUGCCAAAUCUGAAGCGUUUACUCUGAGGAUUUAAAACUGCACUAAGUCUAAUUGAUGUGGAGGGCUGAGGUUUUUUUAUUCAGUAAACCCUUUGUAGGCCGGGUGCGUUACCAACUGUUUAAGCUGUACUCCUGUUUCACAGACUUUGUAACUUGUUUUGUAGCAGCCGGCUGAAGCAAUAACUAGUAAUGUUCCCGUGGAAACUCAAUGCCAGUAGGCGGGUCUGAAAUUCAAGCCAGACUUUUGCAGAGAGCAGUUUGGCUUCAGUUUUGUAGAACAAAAUGCUCUUUAGAUAUGGUGGAUCUUUUAAGUGGUAUAUUCUUUAAAUAUCUGUAUUUGUCUGUAUUAUGCUGAAACUGUAGAAAUAUUUUGUAUACAGGAGAGCUGUUGCAUGUGCAGGGUCUAAAAGCCUUCACUUUUCCCUUGGUGCUCACAGAAGGGAUGAAGAUGAGUCACGUCGAUAAAAGCUGGUGCUGAGACAGGCAGAUGAUGGUAACACUCAGCGAUGGUAGGGCCUUUCAGACCUUCUUCCCAAGUCUGGCUUGGACUCCAAGGGUGAUUCCAGUGACCAAAAAGAAUUGGUUGGCUCCUUGCCCUUUCCCUCCCCUGAGAAGUGAAGUAUUAUUUUUCAGCACUUUAAGUGUUUUGGGGUUCUUCUUCCUCCAAAAUGGGAGUUGUAGAUGUUUUUGGGACAGUUUUGGUAAGGGAUUCACCCUUGGAAUAUGCAUGAAGACAAGGAAUUGCCAGUGUGGAUUGACAAUGUGUUCUUAAGCUUCUCUGUAGGUUGUACCGUGUGGGGUUUUUUAACUGUUAAGGGACUUGGGAUUUUAGUAUGCCCUAGAGAAACUGUUCAAUAAAACUAAAAAGGGCAAGGGUGUGUUUUGCCAGCAGCUGUUAGGCAGUAGUAGUGUCUGGUAAUUAUGCUAAUAAGUGGUAGUAAAAAAUCCUAGGACUCUUCAGUUUUGGUAGCUAAGCAUUUCUGAAAGCACCAUUUUAUCUAAACCAUCCGUUUCUAUCAUUAAUUUGAUGGGAAUUUUAGUAUUGCCCGAAGUAUUUUCUAUUCUGUUUUUGCAGUCCUGCUGUAUUUCGUCCCUGCCACAGCUUGUGUAUCUCUAAGUUAAUGUAAGAUUCUUCACACUACAGUAAACACUUUUGUUUUCCACA